UCUGGCGAGUGCGCGUUCUAUGUGAUUGCAAUCUGCGUGUGUGCUGGGUCGGUACAGUGCGCGCCCGAUUUAUUGAUUCUGGGCCCCCCACUUGAGUUGUGCUCACGGUUCGGCGCCCUCGUCCAUCUUUUCAGUUCUCCAGCGGACGACGUCAUCCGUUAGUCAUACAUAUACACUAUCUGUUUCGGACCUGUUGGAGGUAUAGGAGUCCAUAGUGUACACAACGCGGAAUCGCACUGUGCAGUUUUCGUAACAUUUGGUGUUGCGAUUGCGCCGUACGUUUAGUGUUUUGUUUGUGCGCUGAUUUUUCACGGUGUGCAAUCCGCAUCAUCAUCAUCAUCCUUCUAGACUAGCCGCACCGCGAAUUUAGCUCUCAGAUUUUGUGCUUGUAGUGUUCGCAGAACGCCUCCAGGUUUUGAAUGAUCGUCGAAAUUUUUUUUCGACAGUGAAUUUACGGAGAAUAAUUAUUUUUAGUGAUUUUUCAGCGGCAGCUGGCUGUGCAAUUUCGUUUCAUUUUUUGGGUGUUUCUCCGCUGUUUCUGCGUUUGUGACAGCAUAUAAGUGUCAUUCACAAGUAAAGUUUUUAUUUUGGGACGUGUUAUUUACGGUUUUACCAAUCUCUCUCCGAUAUCUGCGUGUUGAGUCGAAAGUUUAUCCACCAGGUCACGGAGCGACGUGCAAAAAAACCUUCAAAAGCCAUGAUCAAUGUGUUUAUGUAAAUAGCCGCAAAGAAAAGGAAAUAUCGUGUGUCAUCUGUCGAUUAUCUAAGUGUUGAGGAUACGCUGUUGAUUGUCAAAAUACGGCAUUGUAUCUAGUGAUAAAAUUGUGUUACUGCCAUCUAUUGCGCUGAGGUUAAAUCGUUUUGACCCCGAGGACGCUGGAACAUCGUCUGGCGCGAACGCAGUCAUCUGAACUUAUACGCUUAAGAUUGUGCUUAAUGUUGCAACAGGAGAACAAUUGUUUAUAGUUUACUACUCGUGAAAGGUACUUAUCGUUACUUAUUGUGUCACAGCAGCAGGUAUGUAUGAAAGCAAAUGCAAAAAGUUCGAGGGCAGUGUCCGAGACAUGACCGCGUGAUUGACGAAGGACAACGACAGUUUUAUAUUUCAUCAGAACAACUUGUACGGAGUUGAGCGGACGUAGUUGAGGCAACGGCUGUGCACUUUUCGGAAGCGACGAGCGGCUGCAUUUGCACCCCGGGCAUCGCAUAGUAGUCCCUAGGAGUCCCGCUGGGAUAUUCUCGCUCACAAAGCCGUCAAAAUAGGUGCCAUGGGGAAGGACUACUACAAAACGCUAGGGAUACCCAAAGGGUCCACGGAUGAGGACAUCAAGAAGGCCUACCGGAAGCUAGCGCUUAAAUAUCACCCGGACAAAAACAAAAGUCCCGGGGCCGAGGAAAAGUUCAAAGAGGUGGCCGAGGCGUACGAAGUACUGUCGGACAAAAAGAAGCGGGAGAUGUACGACAAGUACGGCGAGGAAGGACUGAAAGGGAGUGAGUUGCGCUUUCGGCGUUGGUCGUGUGCGAUUAUUAUUAGACCGGUAUUUUUUUGCUUGUUUAUUGUUUCAGGAGCAUCGAAUGGCACAACAAAUUCGUCACAAAACUUCGCAUAUGAAUUCCACGGUGAUCCCAGGGCGACUUUCGCACAGUUUUUCGGUUCGAGUAACCCGUUUGCCUCAUUCUUCGAUAUGCACAAUGAUAGUCUAUUUAAUGACAGUCUGUUCAAUGAUGAUGAAUUUUUCACGUCUUUCGGUGGACUGGGGAACCGACACGGGCUGGGAGGCGCAUUUAGGUCACACUCUUUCAAUGUGCACUCGCCACUGAAGAAAGAAAAAGUACAGGAUCCUCCGAUCGAGCAUGAUCUGUACGUGACGCUGGAGGAGAUCUACCAUGGCUGUGUUAAGAAGAUGAAAAUCUCCCGAAGGGUACUGCAACCGGACGGUACUUCCAAGAAGGAGGACAAAUACGUCAGUAUAUCAGUCCGACCGGGCUGGAAGUCUGGCACCAAGGUCACUUUCCAGAAGGAGGGCGAUCAGACGAAAGGAAAGAUACCUGCCGACAUAGUUUUUAUAAUCCGCGACAAACCGCACGUCUGGUUUCGGCGGGAAGGCAGCGAUUUGCGGUACACGGCGAGAUUAACGUUAAAACAGGCUCUCUGCGGUGUGAUUUUCGAGGUGCCCACAAUGACGGGCGAGAAACUGCGCAUCAGUACAAAGCAGGAGAUUAUCAAACCGAACACGGUCAAGCGAAUCCAGGGUUACGGACUGCCAUUCCCCAAGGAACCGACGCGCAAAGGUGACCUCCUGGUGGCAUUCGACAUCAAGUUCCCCGACAAACUCACCCAGUCGGAGAAGGAACUGCUGAACGACAUGCUGCCGAAUUCCUAAUUCUGUCCUAGACGCUGUCGGGCCAUCCCCGGCUGCUGUCGAGAAAUUCUCGUACUGUUUCUGACUAUUUUUGUUCCAAUCUUCCUGCUUCUAUGAGAGACCGAUUAUUUAAAACAGCAAAAGUCUAAUAUACUCGUUUCUGUUGUCGUUUUUCGUCACACUGUCGCUGCUGUCUACGUUUUUGUUUUUGUAAAAAGCAUUUAAAUUAUUAUUGGAGCGGAAUCAGUGCACACUGCAUUUUUGUUUUAUCAAUUCACCUGUAAAUAUUAACAACGCAUUAUGGUUUUUUUUUUGUUCGUGAGACAGCUCCGCACGUACGCACAUCCGAUGUUUUAUUUUAUUUGUGUUAAUUUAAAUUAUUAACUGCAUUUGAGGUUAUGCUUUUGCUCUGCUUUAGGCUUUUUUACGCGUUCCACGCUCCAACAACAGCAGCAGUAACGAAUAAUGUUGUCUCAACCAACCUCCCCGCUGCAACCAUAUCCGGGCAUACUCAACUCUAGGAAUAAAGUAUCAAUCUGUAACAAAGCUGAUGAUGAUUAUAAUGAAUAUUAUAAUUUAAUUUAAACCUGCGUUGUCUGAUUCUUCUAUAAAAAAUAUACAUAUAUUCUAUUGUAUUAUAA